GGUAAAAUAGCCACUUUGAUCAAUUUAUUAGUAUUGGGUAGAUAGUAGACGUUAAUAAUGCAUCCGUGAUGAUGAUAUGCGUUUUUCUAUAUUAUGUAAAUGAGAAAAUUUCGCACAGAAUAAGUCUAACUCAUAGUAAAGUCUUUCCAAUUUGUCUUACUCUUUUUCAUUCUUCCUAAUUUUCUAUUCAUAUUUUGCUUCUGAAUGUGUUAAUUAAUAAUAUGUUGAGUAACCUCAUCACUUGGCCAAAGCAAAUAUGAAAAUGAUGAACACUACUAUUGCAUGUAUUCUCAAGUUAGUUGGAGCAAUCUUUGUUGCGUUGCAGUUGGUGGACCUUCUUUUCUCCAACUAUUGGGGUGUUGUAGCUGCAAAACAUGUUGGUUGCAUGUAGAAUGAGAGACAUGCUCUCCUUCAGUUGAAGGCCAGCCUUGUGUUGGAUGACACUUCCAGCUUGUUGACUACAUGGGAUAGUAAGAGUGAUGGUUGCUGUGCAUGGGAAGGGAUCGGUUGUAACAAUCAAACCGACCAUGUUGAAUUGCUUGAUCUAAGUCGUCUUCAGAUUGGUCGUUUUCCAGGCGAGAUCAACUCAUCUUUGAUGGAGUUGAGACAUUUAAAAUAUUUCAACAUUAGUGGGAAUCAAUUUUCAAACAGCAUUUUUUCGGAAUUGUGUGGCUCUCUUAUCAAUUUGAGAUUCCUUGACCUUCGCGCUUCAUUUCAUGGGGGAAUAAUCCCAAAUGAUCUCGCUCGUCUUUCAGACUUGCAAUAUCUUGAUCUUUCACAUAAUAACCUCGAGGGCACAAUCCCUCGUCAAAUUGGAAAUCUCUCUCAUUUGCAGUACCUUGAUCUUUCGGAGAAUGUUCUUGUUGGAACAAUUCCUCAUCAACUUGGAAGCCUUUCAAAUUUACAAAAGCUUUAUCUUGGGUACAAUUAUGAACUCAAAUUUGAUGACAAGAAUAAUCACGUCGGAGGUCAGUGGCUUUCUAAUCUCACUCUUUUAACCCAUCUUGACUUGAGUAGAAUCCGCAGUCUCAAUUAUUCUUAUCACUGGCUGCAAGUUAUUGCUAAGCUUCCUAAAAUACAAGAAUUGAGGCUAUCUUCUUGUGGCCUUUCAGAUCUUUACCUUCGCUCUAUGUCCGGUUCACUAUUGAAUUUUUCUACAACUCUUGCAAUCCUUGAUCUUUCAUACAAUGUCUUCUCAUCAUCCAAAAUAUUUGAAUAUGUGUUUAAUGUCAUAUCUAGCUUAAUUGAGCUUGAUCUUAGCUAUAACAAAUUCAAAGGCGCCAUUGUAUAUGAUUUUGGCAACAUCAAAAGCCCUCUUGAACAUCUUGACUUGUCCGGAAAUGAACUAAAAGGCGGAGUUCUAGAAUCUAUUAGACAUAUAUGUACGUUACAAUCGUUGAAUCUUGAUAAUAACUAUUUGAAUGAUGACAUUUCAACUAUUCUACACAAAUUGUCUGGUUGUGCGGGAUACUCACUACAAUAUUUGGGUUUAAGUUUAGGCCAAAUUACUGGAACAUUGUCCGAUCUUUCAAUAUUCCCAUCUUUAAUAACAAUCAACCUUUCAAAGAAUAUGUUAAGAGGGAAGGUGCCAUAUGGAAUUCCAAAAUCAUUGGAGUCUUUGAUAUUUCAAUCAAACUCUUUAGAAGGUGGAAUUCCAAAAUCAUUUGGUAAUCUAUGUUCAUUAAGAACGCUAGAUUUGUCGAGAAACAAGCUGAGUGAAGAUCUUUCAAUGAUACUUCAUAAUUUAUCUUUUGGGUGUGCCAAAGACUCACUGCAAGAAUUAAACUUGGCAAGGAACCAAAUUAUAGGGGCGAUACCAGAUAUGUCGAUGUUCUCAUCUUUAAGAACUCUGCUACUAUCCAACAAUUCAUUAAAUGGGAUGAUACUAAAAAAUUCAACAUUCCCCUAUCAUUUAGAGAGUCUGUACUUGGAUUCUAAUAAUUUGGAAGGUGUGAUAACUGACUCUCAUUUUGGAAACUUGUCCAUGUUAAAGGAAUUAUACUUGAAUGACAAUUCACUGUCUCUUAAAUUCCAUGAAAAUAUGGUGCCAGCUUUUCAAUUGACUGCCAUAGUUUUAAGGUCAUGUAUUUUAGGGCCGGGUUUUUCAAAAUGGUUGCAGGGUCAAAAAUAUCUUCGAAAAUUGGACAUUUCUAAUGCUGGAAUCUCAGAUGCAGUUCCAGCGUGGUUCUGGACUCAAAUAAAACAUUUAAGCUUGAUGAAUAUUUCAUACAAUAAUCUCAUGGGCACAAUUCCGAAUUUGCCAAUAAGAUUUUCUGAAGAUUGUCAAGUAAUUCUGGAAUCUAAUCAAUUUGAAGGUUCAAUCCCAGUAUUCUUUCGCAGUGCAUCAUUGCUCCGGUUGUCAAAGAAUAAAUUUUCAGCAACUCCGUUGUUCUUAUGUGCUAACACUACAUCUGAUAAAUUGCAGAUAUUAGACCUAUCAAAGAAUCAAUUAUCAGGGCAUCUUCCUGAUUGCUGGAGUCAUUUGAAAUCAUUGGUAUUUCUAGAUUUGAGUGACAAUACUCUCUCCGGGAAAGUUCCAUCCUCAUUGGGUUCAUUAGUUGAACUUAAUGUAUUAAUAUUGCGAAACAACAGCUUCACUGGGAAGUUGCCUUUCUCCUUGAAAAGUUGCACAGGACUAAUCAUGCUGGAUGUUGGAAGUAAUAAAUUCUCAGGACCAAUACCGUGUUGGUUAGGACACGAGUUGCAAAUGUUAAGCUUACGAAGGAACCAAUUCUAUGGAAGUCUUCCCGGGUGUCUUUGUUACUUAACAAAAAUUCAGCUGUUGGAUCUUUCGGAAAACAAUCUAUCAGGACGAGUUUUCAAAUGCUUGAAGAAUUUUACUGCAAUGUCUCGAAAUUUUUCCUCACCUACAGUUGCAACAUUAUUUUUCGUUCACUUUACUAUAAAUGGACUUAUAGAUGGCACUGGAACAUAUGAUUUGAUUCCUCUGUUGAUGUGGAAAGGGGAAGAACGGUCGUUCAAGAAUAAUAAGCUCAUUUUAAGAAGCAUUGAUCUUUCAAGCAAUCAAUUGAUAGGAGACAUUCCAGAAGAAAUAGGAAACUUGAAAGAAUUGGUGUCAUUGAAUUUAUCUAGCAACAAUUUGACAGGAGAAAUUACUUGGAAGAUUGGAAAGUUAACCUCACUCGAAUUUCUUGACUUGUCAAGAAACAAUUUCUAUGGUUUAAUUCCUUCUUCUCUAACUCAAAUUGAUCGUCUCACCAUGCUGGAUCUAUCGGAUAACAACCUGUCCGGAAGAAUUCCAAUCAGCACGCAAUUGCAGAGUUUUGAUGCAUCAAGUUAUGAGGGAAAUGUUGAUCUUUGUGGGAAGCCACUUGAUAAAAAAUGUCCCGGGGAUAAAGAAAUUGCGCAUCAGAAACCUGAAAUAUAUGAAGAAAGUGAACCAGAAGAUAAAAAACGAAUUUAUGUGAGUGUGGGAUUGGGAUUUAUCACAGGGUUUUGGGGACUUUGGGGAUCAUUGUUUCUCAUCAGGACUUGGAGACAUAAAUAUGUCUUGUUCUUGAACAACAUAGUUGACACAAUGUAUGUGUUUAUGGUGCUGAAUGGAAUUAAAUUUCAAAGGUGGCUUAGAGUUUUGCAGGAAAAGUUUUUCUAAGCAUCUCCAAUAGAAUCAUGUGCGACUUUGUUGAAGAGAGGUAGCAGAACAAGUAACUGUUUUGUCAGACAAAAAUAAAAUGGUUCAAAGUUCUCUGUCAUAUAUGUUGUGAGAUUAGUAUUGUUUUUGUCAAAGAAAAAAACAUGUUUUAUAAUCUUGUUAUUGAGAUGUUGUAAUGAUUGCACUCUUAGUCCUUCUUCAGUUUUCCAAUAUUGUUGUAUUAAAGUUAUUGUAAAAAUAAUAUGAUU